AGCGCGAGCGUGGGGAUGACGUAGUUUCCGCUUCCUGCACGUUUUUUCUUCCGGCCCUCGAGUACCGUGCACUGGGCCUGGUGUUCGACUCCGGCUGGGGCUGCGGAAGGCGACAGUGAUCAUGGCCAUGUUUGAGCAGAUGAGAGCGAACGUGGGCAAGUUGCUCAAGGGUAUCGACAGGUACAAUCCUGAGAACUUGGCGACCCUGGAACGGUAUGUGGAGACGCAGGCCAAGGAGAAUGCCUAUGAUCUGGAGGCCAACCUGGCUGUCCUGAAAUUGUACCAGUUCAACCCGGCCUUCUUUCAGACCACGGUCACUGCCCAGAUUCUGCUGAAAGCCCUCACCAACCUGCCCCACACCGACUUCACCCUGUGUAAAUGUAUGAUCGACCAGGCACAUCAAGAAGAGCGGCCCAUCCGACAGAUCUUGUACCUUGGGGACCUGCUGGAGACGUGCCACUUUCAAGCCUUCUGGCAAGCCCUGGACGAGAACAUGGACCUCUUGGAAGGCAUAACUGGCUUUGAAGACUCUGUCCGAAAAUUUAUCUGCCAUGUGGUGGGCAUCACGUACCAGCACAUUGACCGCUGGCUGCUUGCUGAGAUGCUUGGAGAUCUGACUGACAACCAGCUUAAGGUAUGGAUGAGCAAGUACGGCUGGAGCGCCGACGAGUCGGGGCAGAUCUUCAUCUGCAGCCAGGAAGAGAGCAUUAAGCCCAAGAACAUCGUGGAGAAGAUCGACUUUGACAGUGUGUCCAGCAUCAUGGCCUCCUCCCAGUAACUGUGUGUGCCUUUAAUAAAGACUUGUUCAUUCCA